UCCAGAGAGUUCGCAUUGCAUCGCACCUGAGUCUAGGGAAGAAACCAUGGAGCUGGCGGCAGCCACCAAGCUCCACCUGAUCCUGCUUCUCACUCUGCUGCCUUUCUGUCUGUGUGCAGAACUGGGUGAUACAUACUAUAUUUGUCUCAACUUCACUAUCAAGGCUCGUUCCACACCCUGGUUUAAAGGGCAGUGCUCAGUGAAUGGAGAACCUAUCCUUCAGUAUAAGGACAAUAAAUUCACACCUUUGGGUGACCAUGGAAAUGUGAUAUAUAACACCAAAACAUGUACAGAUUUCAGCCAACAUCAGAAAGACAUUGGAGAAGAGAUGAGAAAGCAGAUACUUAACAUGGAACAAGAAGCAGACAAGACCAUGGGCCGUCACACCUUGCAGGUCACCAUGGAAUCCCAAUAUAAAAAUGGACAACUCACUGAUUCCUCCUGGAAGUUCAGCAUGGAUGGACAGUAUUUCUUCUACUUUAUUCCAAAGAACAAGGCUUGGGGAGUGAUGCAUGAUGAAGCCAGAGGUAACAUGGAGAAAUGGAAGACUAACAGAGAACUAGAACAACUUUUAGCAGUGUUCUCCAUGGGAGAUUCCCCACACUGCCUCAAGGAAUUCUUAAAGCACUGGAAGGAAAUGCCAAGAUCAAUAUCAAAGAUCCUAGAUACCACCCGGCUUCCAUCUGCGACCCCACUUUCUUCUUCUACUACCCAGUCUCCAUGUAUUGCAGUGUGUAUCAUCGUGGGAAUCAGCUUCCUAGUCGUUGUUUUGGCAUGAUUAUGGAGAACUUUGGCACCCAAGAAGGUGCUCCCUGCUGCUCCUCCUCCUCUGUAGACAGAUCUCCAGUCUUCAUCACCAGCUGUGUUGGGUGACUCUUGAACAUUGCCUGCGACAUCUUCAGCAAACCAAGCAAACAUAUUUCUGAUGACAUCUCCAAAACCUGUACUGGUGACUUCUGAUCAACAUGGUGGGAAACCCUGAGAGCGAUGGUCUGGGAGCCUCACUCACCAGGGCAUCUGAGUCAACAUUGUUGCCAUCAGGGGCUUCUUCUUGCUUUGCUUCUUUUCCUUUCUCAUUCCUUCCUGAUAGCUUUGUGGAGGUCAAGCUGGGCCAGGCUCCAAAUUACUUCUCACUGUACAAAACAGUGACUUGCCCUGGGUGUCUCUAUUUUACAGGCAACAGUUGGCGCCUUUCUGAGAACAGUGCAAAGGCCGAAUGACUCCUCAUUUGGCACAGACACAUUCUGCAGAUCAGAACUGAUAUGAACAUUUUAGUGAGGAAUGAGUUAGAAAGAGAUAGCUCAGUCCUAGAGUGCUUGCUCUCACAAGCAUGAGGACCUGAGUUCGCUCCCCAGAACCCAUGUACACCAUGGUAACACACACUUAUAAACCCAGUGUAGGGGAUAGAGAGAGAAGAGCAUACCUGGGAAUUCCUCAUCAGCCAGACUAGUGGAAUUGAUGAGUUCCGGAACAGACUGGAUCAAAACACAGAGCUCAUGGCUGAGGAAUGACACCCAGAGUUAAAGCUCUGUCUCCAUAGGAACAAAUAUGUGAACGAGCAGACACACAUGUGUAUAUGCACACAUGAGAAUGAUAGACACUGUGGACCAGAACACAGCCAGUGAAUUCUCAUGAGGCAGUACUACUGAGAGGAAACGGGGGCUGUAAAUACUAGUUACGAGAUAUUACCUGGCCUUGUCUUCUGGGCCAGUUAUACGUUCAUACGAAAAGGGGACAGCGCAUAUCUUCUUAGAUGAGUUUCGUAGCACCGUGAGGGGUUCAUAACUUGACAUAAGGACCUCAGAUUACGGUUACUCGUUAGGGUCUGGAUGUGUUUGAUGAUAUGUUGCAUCAAACAUGCACAGAAAGAAUUAAUAAAAAAGCCACAAGAGACUCUCAGGAAUGAUCUGUUUGAGCCUCUGUAGGCGCAGCGCUAUUACCUCUCGUCAGACGAACCCACAGAUACAGGUCUCAUAACCUAAUCACAGUUAGGGAGAUGAGGAGAGCCUGAGAGGAGCUGGUCCAGACAUCUCCCAUGGCCUUGCAUCCUGUGGAAGAAAUUUAAGAUUAACUCAAUCACCUGUUUAAUAACUGGAGUUUAUCCUGAACACACGGAGUCAGAGAUGGAGCUGUCCUUAUCCUAGUAUUCAGUGAGAGCCGUGACCGUCUGUCCCAGUGAUGUACUGAGACAAAGGAAUCUCUGCCUCUAGUGAGAGAUCAGUACGAAGAAAAAGGCUAGUGUGAAGGCAUCAGAUAGUUGAUAGACAAUUCAGGAUCAUAAAUGACGAUUAAUUAGUAUUCAGAGCGCGUUGGGACCUUCAGUUCUUCCAGCUGAACCAAGUCAUGGUGAGAAUACUGUGUGCAGCUGGUAGACUUUUAAUUUUAUAUUAUUUUUAGUUGCACAUUUUUAGCAAGUGUCUGAGAGCAUAGAGAGAGCCAACAGCUUCUUUUUCUUGUAGGCAGUUGUAUCUCUUUAGGGGCUACUUUUAGGGGUUGGAGAGUUUUAGGAGCCAUGUCUCCACUCUUUGCCGUCUGAUGGUCAAAGGGUUUUUUAGUGUGGCAUGACCCAAAACUCAAACUCCAGGGUCUCCAUAGCCUCUCUGAAGCUAUGAGAUUCCUUUAGAGCAGUCCCAUUGUCCUCCACCCUGGACAUGGCCAACCUGGAGGGAAGAUGAACAUAUUGGCUGUCAGUCUAACCCUUGAUCCUCAUUGUUUUGGAUUUCUAGAAAUCUCAGAAAGUCAGUUACCCCAAACAUGAGAAGCAGAUAGUGGUUUAAUUUGUUAUAUCACUUUCAGGAGUGAACACCUCACGGCCCGGGAUACCCUAAAUGUGGCCAAAUCAAAUUCAGGGACUUUAGUAAAAUAUUAUGGGACAGUUUCACAAAGAUUUUUAGAUCAGUGAACUGUAUGGUGACUCAUGUAGGUUGCCAAGUCUGAAUUAUUUAGAUCAUUUUGUGUCACGAUACCAAAAGAUCAAACACUUCUGAUAAUAAAUGUUGACAAAGACAAAUUUUAAAUCAAUCAUGCUUCAGAUAAGACCCCCAUUAUUGAGAAGUUUAAGUUCUAACAAUCACAGAAGAAAUAACAAGCAGUUAUCUUGACGAGCAUAAAUGCAAUUAAAUAAGCGGUUUUUUUUGUUUGUUUUAUUUUAUUUUUUUUAUUUUUUUUUAAAAUAAGCGUUUUUAAACAUCCAUACCAUUUUAAAUUAACUGUCACAACUUGUGACAUACGAAAGCUUCUGUUUUUUUCAUGAUCUUUUAACAAUCAUUUAGGAUGAAAUUAAUUUAUCAUGAAAUCCUUCUGACCCGUAAGCACAUGCUCUCCAUCAGAAAUGCGUCUCUGCGCCUUCAUGGAGCCAUCACCAUCUCUUUCUUGGCUGUUUCCAGGCUUUGUUAAAUUCCUGCUGUGAUUUAGGCUUCUUUUUAUUGAAGCAAUGAGAACCUGAAAACUUCAUCCUGUUUUCUCUUUUACAAAGUAGGUUCAGACUCACAGUAUUAUCUAGUCUUUCCCUGUCCUUGCUUAAUGUGCUUUUUCACACUUUGCUGCAAUAAUGUGGUGAUGUUGUUUGUAUGAUGCUGAUAUUUCCACUGAUAUUUCCAUUUUUCUUUAUAAAUUUAAAAUAAUCCAAUAUGUUAGAUUUG